CUGGGCUGGACGGCCAGCGAGGACCUGCUGUGCAUCCAGGAGGACGGCACCGUUCUCAUCUACAACCUCUUCUGCGAGUUCAAGCGCCACUUCAGCAUGGGCAACGAGGUGCUGCAGAACCACGUGCUGGAGGCAAAGGUCUUCCACACAGAGUAUGGCACCGGCGUGGCCAUCCUCACCGGGGCACACCGCUUCUCCCUGACCACCAACAUCGACGACCUGAAGCUGCGCAGGAUGCCCGAGGUUCCCGGUUUGCAGAAGCCACCGUCCUGCUGGGCCGUGCUGUCCCAGGACAGAGUCACCAUCAUCCUGCUGGCAGUCGGACAGGACCUCUACCUCCUGGAUAACACCUCCUGCUCCGUGGUGACCCCCCCUGGCAUGAGCCCCUCCGCCGGCGCCUAUCUGCAGAUGGCCGUGUCCUUCAACUACCGCUGCCUCGCGCUCUUCACCGACACUGGCUACAUCUGGAUGGGGCUGGCCACGCUGAAGGAGAAGCUCUGCGAGUUCAACAGCAGCAUCCGAUCUCCGCCCAAGCAGAUGGUUUGGUGCAUGCGUCCCCGGAGCCGGCAGCGUGCCGUGGUGGUGGCCUGGGACCGGCAGCUGAUGGUGGUGGGGAACUCCACGGAGUGCAUCCAGUUUGUCCUGGAUGAGGACUCCUACCUGGUGCCGGAGCUGGAUGGGGUCCGGAUCUUGUCUCGCACCUCCCACGAGUUCCUGCACGAGAUUCCAGGGCUCACCCUGGCCGGUGAGCACCCCACCGCCCUCCUCACGGGCUGCGCUCCCCUGCAGAAGGAGAGCCAGAAGGCAGACGAGUACCUGCGGGAGAUCAAGGACCAGAAGCUGCUCCCGGAGGCAGUGAGCCAGUGCAUCGAGGCAGCCGGCUACGAGCAUGAGCCGGACACCCAGAAGUCACUGCUGAGGGCAGCCUCCUUCGGGAAGUGCUUCAUCGACAAGUUCCCCCCGGAGAGCUUCGUGCGCAUGUGCCAGGACCUGCGGGUGCUCAACGCCAUCCGGGACUACCAGAUCGGCAUCCCCCUCACCUUCACCCAAUACAAACGGCUCACCAUCGAGGUCCUGCUGGACAGGUAA